UAUACAGGAGUGCCAUUCAAAACUGAGCCAAAUACAAGCUUAUCGAAAAACUGCUUCCGAAGUGGAGAGUCUGAUCGAGCAAGGGCCUUCACAAUCGCUCGAGGGGUAUUUAAAGGUGAUGGAACGCAUUCAGAAAGCCUUCGUGUUUUUCCGGGAGCACAAUGUGGAAGAAGUGGAACUUAUCCGAUUGCAAUCGUUGUAUGAUCUGGGAUUGAAAAAUCUAAAUCGAGAAUUCGAGGCCAUUCUGAAACAAACUUUCAGGCCAAUCAAUAUGGAGCAUUUGUUGAAACUCGCGGAUUCUGAUCGCCCUCAAAAUGAUUCUGCACAAGACGACAAUUUGAGAGCGCUGGAGGAUGCCUCAGAUCAUUCGUUAAAUAAUCUCCAAUUCAUAAUGGAAUGGAUGCAGCAAAGUCGGGCGUUCGAUCCGAAUUCGGAGGGGUCCCGGAAUUGCCUGGUACGCUAUCAUGACUAUCGCAGAGAUGUGGUGCGACAAACGCUGGCCAAGUAA